CCCGGCUGCAGUAUAUAGAAUUGCCGGACACCAUAUCUCUGACAAAUUGACGGCCCUGUCUUCGCUUUCAAUCCCCACCAACCAGGGAGACCGGCAGCCGGCUCACUUUUUUCAGGCGAUCUCGCCCUCAGGUACGCCUCCGCCUUGCCCUCUCUCUCCCCGACCUGUGUUUUUCUUUUUUUCUUUUUCCUGCAGAGCCCUAAAUAAUCCGAAAUUUAUACCGUUAGUUGAAAUUAGAAGUCUUUUACUUUGGCACCUAAAUUGUUAUCGGCCUAUAAAGUCUCAAGACAAUCGCUUUGCUCUCUGGUGGUAAUGGGCUGAAUAAGGUGUUAUUACUAAGGCCCCGGCGUCUCUUCUGUGGUAUAAAGCAGAUUCCCUCAUAAAAUGGCUGCCUUCAAAGCUUUCUGGAAUAGCCCUGUUGGUCCUAAGACGACGCACUUUUGGGGACCUGUUGCAAAUUGGGGAUUUGUAGCUGCUGGUCUGGUAGACAUGCAGAAACCCCCAGAGAUGAUCUCUGCAAACAUGACGGGAGCGAUGUGUGUUUAUUCAGCAUUGUUCAUGAGGUUUGCCUGGAUGGUACAGCCACGUAACUAUCUCCUUCUAGCUUGUCAUGCUUCAAAUGAGACUGUCCAACUGUAUCAGUUCUCGCGGUGGGCUAAGGCUCAAGGGUACUUGUCUGGGGAGAAAAAGGAGAAGGAAUGAGCCUUGUCAAUCACUAGAGGCUGAUGCACAUUGUUCUAGUUAUCAUUUUUCUUUUGCUUCUCUGAACUCAGUUUAUUUCGUGUAUCAAACGCUUGUGACCACGUCGUCCGAUUGAGGUCAGAAUUCUCUCAAGUCAUUUUCAGAAGUCAUGUAAUGCUAUUUAUGACAUUUUUGUUGGAGAAAUACCAUGUACAGAGCAUAAUGAGAGGACCAACUAUUCUGUCCUUUCAUGAAGCAGAAGUCUACUUCAAAACCAUUUGAUGAAAAACUUGUACUUUAAUUUACAACUUUGACAAUCUUCGUAAGCCUCCAUUGUUCUGUUCUUCCUGUCCUGGAGUUUGAUCCAGGGAUGCGCCAAUCUAGGGCCUUGUAAAGAAUGAUUGGUGGAGUACAUUUUAUUAGAGGGUUGUUGGCCAUUCCCCUUUUUCUGAUAACGGAUAAGGUGAUACAUGUUUAUACA